AUGAAUACCGAGAAAGAACCUGAUCAUUACGUCCUCACCGCUGUCACCUUCGGAGACAGAUGCAGUGGAGCCAUCGCCAUGAUAGCCAUGAGAAAGACGGCGGAAUUAUAUACGAGUGAGUAUCCAAGAGUGAAUGAAAUAAUAUCUAGAAAUUCAUACGUUGAUGAUAUAGCAUUCUCGAGUGCUAGCGAAGACAAGGCAAUCCAAGAUAUGAAUGCCACGGAGUGCAUUUUAAAGGAGGGUGGAUUUCACAUCAAACACUGGACUGUCAGUGGUGAUGUCAGCCAUGACUAUAUAAAUAUAAUUAACUCUGAUGAAGAAAAGAUACUGGGACUAAAGUGGAACCCAAAACUUGAUGAAUUUUUCUUCAAGAUCAAAGUCAAUUUCUCUCCAAAGAAAAGAGGAAUGCGCUGUGACCCUGACAUGGAUCGUGAAGAAUGUAUGAGGAAUUUUCCUGAGAGGCUGACGCGUCAGAUGGUAUUGAGUCAGAUUUCAUCCAUCUAUGACCCUCUAGGACUAUUACUGCCAGUGACACUAAAGGCAAAGUUGAUGAUGAGAGCAAUGAUUUGUGAUGACAAGACACCAGAUACCAAGAAGGGCCUGAAAUCCAUUGGCUGGGAUGAUUCUCUUCCUCAGGAAUAUAUAAAGCAAUGGAAAUCAUUUUUCUGUAAUUUAUUUGAUGUUGAACAUCUUAGAUUUCAGAGGUGCAUGAAACCUGAGAAGGCAGUAGGCAAGCCCAUCCUUGUUGUGUUUUCGGACGGCAGCUCUCUGGCAUACGGCGCGUGUGCCUAUGUCAGAUGGAAGUUGGAAGGAGGAGGAUACGAGGCUAGAUUGAUCGCAGCCAAGAACAGGAUAGCACCCACCCGGCAAAUCACGAUACCACGAUUGGAGCUAUGUGGAGCAGUCUUAGCAGUGCGGCUGCGAGAGGCUAUUGAAAGAGAAUGUAACUGGGAGUUCGAGACUGUCUACCACAUUACGGACUCUGCAAUUGUCCAGUCACAGAUUCGGAAGGAAACCUAUGGAUUUAAAACAUUUGUGGCCACUCGACUAUCGGAGAUUCAAAACAAAUCCAAUACCAGUGAAUGGUGGUGGAUCAGCACAACAUACAACCUUGCCGACCUGACCACAAGACCAUGUAACGCAAGCAAGUUAACAAGAGAGUCCACAUGGCAACGGGGACCUGAAUUCAUGCUUCUACCAGUGUCUCAAUGGCCAAUCAAACACGUGGAGGAAGCCCAACUCACAGACAGAAUAGGUGUCACGCUGUCUUGUGAAACAACACACGAGGGAGUAUGUGGAAUAAAUAUAAGAUAUUACAAUGAUUACAUGAAACUGCUGAGAGUGACUUGCAGAAUAAUGAAUGUGGGGGAAAUGAGGUCUUUCAAAGGGAUCGGAAGAAGAAUCACUUCAGAUGAUCUGAAAAAAGCUGAAAACCUUUGGAUACUGGUAUGUCAAAAGCACCUGACGAACUGGGAAGUCACGUUUAAGAGACUCGGUCCUACAACGAAGGAUGGUGUUAUUGUAGUGGGCCAAAGAAUAGCAAACUGGUUAAAGAUGAACUGGAAUAGAGAAACAUUCGUGCUACUGCCAGCUGAUCAUGAUUUUACCAGAUUAUACAUAAACCAUCUUCAUAACUCUGAUCAUGGUGGCGUCGAAUCAACUCUAUGUAAACUACAAGAAAAAUUUUGGGUACCUAGGGCACGCAAAAUCAUUAAGUCCAUAAAGUCUAGAUGUGUUACUUGCAGAAAACUUGAAGGUAAAGUGGAGAAGCAGUACAUGGGACCAAUAAGGGAGGAGAGGAUGAAACCAACGCCACCAUUUUUUCAUACUGCUCUAGAUUUGUUUGGUCCAUUCAUCAUCAGGGAUGCUGUGAAACGCAGAACAAGAGGGAAGAGCUUCGGAUUGAUCUUUACAUGCCUUACUACUCGAGCCGUACACCUCGAUCUCUCUGAAGGUUACAGCAUGACAGAUUUCCUUGCCACUCUGAGAAGAUUCGUAAGCAUUAGGGGAUUUCCCCGCACAAUACAUUCAGAUAAUGGAACUCAACUGGUAGCAGCAAGUAAAGUACUGAAAGACAUGGUCAAACAAUGGAACAUGGAAGAAAUCACGAGCUUCGGAACAUCGGAAGGAAUGGAGUGGCAUUUCAAUGAAGCGGCCGAUGCACCAUGGUACAACGGAUGUUGUGAGUCCUUGAUAAGACUUGUCAAGAGAGGACUAACUCGUGUAAUAGGAGAAUCUAUUUUGACGUUUGGAGAGUUACAGACCGUACUGUAUGAGACUGCCAACUUGAUCAAUGAAAGACCUAUUGGGAUAAAACCAGGCAAUUGCAUUGAUCUUGGGACCUACUUGUGUCCCAAUGAAUUAAUUCUCGGCCGAGCCAGUGUAAAGGUUCCCCAUGGAAAAUUUUAUGAAAAGGACGACCCAAAUAAGAGACUCAAAUUCAUCACUGACCUGGUUGAAGGGUUUUGGAGGAAAUGGCAGAGAGAUUACUUCCCCACUUUACUUUUGCAUUCAAAAUGGCAUUGCUCAAAACGGAACGUCAAGGUGGGGGACAUAGUGCUUGUUCAAGAUCCAAACAUAAUCAGAGGUGUAUGGAAACUGGCCCAAGUGAUAGAAACUAAGACUGGUGUUGACAACAUUGUGAGAACUGUAAAUGUAAGAUAUAAAGUCCUCAAGGCAGGGAACCUCAGCCUUACUGUGAUGACUCUCUGGUGCCACUUACAGUUCGGCACCUGGUUGUCGAGUGCCCCAGUCUGA